AUGGAUCAGCAGAAGUCGAAGAUUGGGUCCAUAUGCACAAAGAUCAUAGAAAACCCACAGGAGAACCUAGAUAUGAUGGAGGGAAUAUUUGAGAUGCUUAGAAAUGGAUCAUUUGAAGGGAAAGCAAAGGGAAUGGUUUAUCUGUCUCUUUUUAAAGUGUUUAAAGCAGUCAUUCCUCUGUACAAAGUGAGGUCUUUGAAAGACGUGGUGAAAGACAAAAGAGAUGCUCUUCACUUGAAAGACCAUGAUAAGAAUCUUCUUAAAUGGUACACAUCUUAUGUAAAGACCAUGGUUGAUGAUAUAUCUAACGAAAGUUAUAUCUCAUUGUGCGAGGUCUUACAGCAUUUCGACCACUUUAAUGCCACAGACAAGAUUGUCUCGGGGGUUCUGAGAGGAUCUCUUGGAAAGGGGUCUGUACCGAUGAUGUGCUGCAACACAAUAAAGUUGAAGCUGAGAAGCGAUUGUUCCGGUGAGUUGAUUGCAACUAUACUAGACCAGAUGCUUGACUUCGAGUACAAUCCCUUGAUUCUGGAAUACUUGUUGGACAUUCCAUUUGUAAACAACUCUUUGAAGAGUGAUGAAGAGAAAGCCAAAGAGUAUUGGGAGGCAAACAGGGGAGUAUCCAGGAGAGACAAGAAUAGCAUAUUCCAUAGAAAACGCAUAUUUAACAAAAAACUUAAGAAGAUGGAGAAAGAGCGUCUAAGUCUUCAGUCUGAGGUUAAAGAUGAAGAGGACAUCGAAGGGCGUAUUGAAGAAAUGAAAAGUUGUAAGAGGAUCUAUGAUGCCAUUCAAAGGUUGUACUUCACGGUUCUUAAGGGAGAUAGAUACGAGUGUUAUAAAUAUGUGUUUAUGGGGCUUGUGAAGUAUAGGAAAAUUCUUCGUCCAGGGUUCAUGGAGGGCCUCUAUUUCCUACUAAACAACAGCCUUUCAAAGAUACCCUCUGACGCCAAGGUCCAGGGGAUCCUUUCCAUACUAACCUUGUAUGAGGAUGAAUGCUAUGAUUUCAAUGGAUUGGUGGAUCUUCUGUACUCCAUGAUUCAUCCAAUAAACCCUGAGAUUGUGGACAAUGAUGAACUCGUCAAGGUCAUCAGAUUCUUAUUUAUAAAGAUACGCCAGCCAAUCCAUAGAGCACAUGUCCUCCUCAAAAGACUUAUUCUCUGCUGCUGCUCCAGAUCCGUGCCCGAAUUCAGAAGUCUAAUUAAGGACAUCUCUGCAUACUAUGACAUAGAGUUUUCAGACUGUACAAACCCAAGAUGCCGGGAGUUCGACCAGGACUCUACACAUGUUGACUCAAUUCCGGACAACCCCUUCUUUGAAUACUUCCUCUACAAAAACAUACUUUAA